AACGUGCAACAGGCCCCUCCACUGUUCCAUGCCGCCAAAAAGGGUCAUGUGGAAGUUGUACGCCGAUUACUUCAAUUUGAUACCAUCGACGUCAAUCAGCAAUUUUGGAACAGCACACCUCUCUGUGUUGCCUCCGAGAUGGGCCACCCGGAAGUUAUAAGGUUACUCCUUGAACACACAACACCCCCCGACAUCAAUCUCAAAACUUAUAUGGGAGACACUGCACUUUCCUUGGCCGCUUACGAUGGUAAUUUGGCUAUUAUAAAUCUCUUGCUGGAGGAAAAUGGGCUGGAUGUUACCGCUACUGACAAAUUCGGGGACACGGCGUUAUGCAAAGCAGCUCGGAAUGGACACGAACAGGUUGUCAAGCGUCUCUACAGGGACACUCGUGCAAAAUGUGCUAGUGAUGUGAAAAGGGCCAUUGAAGCAGCUUCCAACUGUAGAAUUGCGCUCCACCUUGAAGGUCACUUGGAUGAGGAGGGCAACUUUCGCACUUGGCCUUGA